UCAUGACAUAUAAAAUGACAAAGACAGAAGAAAUCUUUUUGAUAAACGAUUUACAUUAGAAGAUUAAAAAAAUGUGUAAUAUAGUUAUAGAGAAUAUUACAACCAUUACAGAUUUGCAUUUUAGAAGGCAUCAAAUAUAAACUGAAUACAAUGAUUCAAAUGAAUGUUAAAAAUAUUAGUAUAAUUUUUAAAUUUUUGAGCCUGGGUGUUGUGAUAAUGGCUGCUGUAUUCUGGACCGGUGCGGAAGUGGAGACAAGGUCGAAGGAUAAUGAUGAGCAGACGAUGAUCGGUGGUGCCAUCUGGACCCAAAUCGUACUUACUAUCGGUCUUAUUAUAUCAACGGUGGUAGAUGAUCAUAUACAACCUUUUGUUGAAGGUUACUUUUUAUUUACCGCAAUGCUACUACUUAUUGUGACAGGACUAAUAUUGAUCAAAAUAGAAUUUAAGAAAAUGCGUAGACGACAACAAAUACCAAGUGCGGAUCAAGUCAUUAGUACAGAAAGAAGCAGCUCCCAUCAUGUACGGCCAAACACUGUCGAUAGGACUUAUCUCGCAAUCGGAGCCUUAUGUCUCUUGUCCGGUGUUUUUACACUUGUCGACUUUAUAUUCUUGAGUUUAUCGUAUACUUUAUUUUAAAUCUGUUUACGUGAUUUUAUAAAAUAAUGUAAUAUAUCUAAUUUAUAUU